AUGCUUCCCGACGCGCUGUUCCUAGGGAUGGCGGGUCGCUCCGUGGGCUCCACACGCAUCGGAAACAGGCUUCCGGUGUACAUGAUGCAGCUCUAUUGGACGAUGAGGCCCGAGGAUCAGACCAGAUCUUCGGCAGACAUCAUCAGCAUCCAGAGGGAGGGCAUCCCCGUCCUCCACGCAUCCGACUCUGUGAUCAGCAUAGUCGCUAAAAGCUGCCAUCAGAUCGGUGAGAAAUGGUCAGUUAUCUUCGACUUGUCCUCCAUGUCUUCAAGUGACAACGUCCACCUGGCUGAGCUCCACAUCCGCCAGCCUGCCUUCACACAGUCUUCCGCUGCCUCUGUAGACAUCUAUCAGUCCAACUGGAGACGAUGUCCUGAUACGGACUGCUCUGAGAGCAGGCUUCUUCUGGGACACCUGAGAGCUCCUCCACGCUCAGUGGUCUCAAUCUCACCAUGGAAAGUAUUCAACAUGACCAAAAUGAUCCUUCGCUGGCUUUAUCAGGGACCCCCAGUUCAGAGAAUGGAGGAGGAUGUAGCUCAGGUGAAAGACGGUCAUGAGCAGCAGAGAAUCCAGCACCCAACGGCCAAUAGGGUGAUGAUAGUGGUCUUCUCCAGGCAGAGCCCACGCAGCCAGCGAAUGCCAACCCUGAUCCGCACAGCAGAACACUCCAAGUACGUCAACCUGGACAGGGUGCCCACCGCCAGGAUGAGGGGCCACAGGGAAAAGAGGUAUGGACAGAAAUGGCAGAGACAGGGAAACACUGCAAGGAAGGAGAAGCAAAGUGAUCUCUGCAGGAAGGAGGACAUGUGGAUGGACUUUGAGAAGUUCAACUGGAGUGAGUGGAUCGUCUAUCCCAAACGGUACAAUGCUUAUCGCUGUGAAGGGACAUGUCCUACACCUGUAGAUGAGACCUUCGCUCCGACUAACCAUGCAUACAUGCAGAGCCUGUUGAAGCUACACCAACCAGACAAGGUACCAAGUCUGUCUUGUGUGCCCACUCGCCUGACACCGCUUUCGAUGCUUUACCAUGAGAACGGGAGGAUGGUGAUGAGGCAUCAUGACAAUAUGAUCGUGGAGGAGUGUGGCUGCCACUGA